UCCCUGCACCGACCGUCAGGCUCAGCACGGCUGGAAUAAUCCUGGGGCAAACAACCGCUCGGAGAGCUGGCAUGAUGAGAGCGAGCUGCUGGGGCCACCAGAAAAAGCCACGGGUGACCCAGGACUCAGGACCCAGGAGCAUGAGGCUUGCAGGACAAGAGACAGCUGGCCAGCUACAGGUGACGCCAAUGCUCACACCCAAUGGCAGUGGGCUGAGCCAGGAGUUUGAAGGCCAUUGGCCGGAGAUCCCAGAGAGGUCCCCGUGUGUGGCCGGGGUCAUCCCUGUCAUCUACUACAGCGUCCUGCUGGGCCUGGGGCUGCCUGUCAACCUCCUGACCACAGUGGCCCUGGCCCGCCUCGCCGCCAGGACCAGGAAGCCCUCCUACUACUACCUUCUGGCGCUCACGGCCUCGGAUGUCAUCACCCAGGUAGUCAUCGUGUUCGUGGGCUUCCUCCUACAGGGAGCAGUGCUGGCCCGAAAGGUGCCCCAGGCUGUGGUGCGCGCGGCUAACAUCCUGGAGUUUGCUGCCAACCACGCCUCAAUCUGGAUCGCCGUCCUGCUCACGGUCGACCGGUACAGCGCCCUGUGCCACCCCCUGCACCAUCGGGCCACUUCAUCCCCAGGCCGGACCCGGCGGGCCAUCGCUGCUGUCCUUGGUGCUGCCCUGCUGACUGGCAUCCCCUUCUACUGGUGGAUGGACGUGUGGAGGGACGAGGACCCCCCCAGCACACUGGACAAGGUCCUCAAGUGGGCUCACUGCCUCAUCGUCUAUUUCAUCCCUUGUGGCGUUUUCCUGGUCGCCAACUCGGCCAUUGUCUGCCAGCUACAGAGAAGGGGCCAGAGUGGGCCUCGGCCCCGGGUGGGCAAGAGCACCGCCAUCCUCCUGGGUGUCACCACGCUCUUUGCCCUCCUUUGGGCACCCCGCAUCUUUGUCAUGCUCUACCACCUGUACGUGGCCCCCGUCUACCGGGACUGGAGGGUCCACCUGGCCUUGGAUGUGGCCAACAUGGCGGCCAUGCUCAACACAGCAGUCAACUUUGGGCUCUACUCCUUUGUGAGCAAGACCUUCCGGGCCACUGUCCAGGAGGUCAUCCAUGACACCCACCUGCCCUGCACCCUGGGGUCACAGCCAGCGGGCAUGGUGGCGGAACCUGUGCUGAAGCCUGCAGGACUCCCCAAAGGGGCAGAACUGUAGAGGAGGAGCCCAUGCAGGGAGCUUGGGGUGGCUCACAGCCAGAUUACUGGGGUCUUUGUGGUUGCUUCCACAAAACUUUAUCAAUACCCUACUUUGCAAUCUGGGGAUGAAAGGAGAGGCUCCUUCCUUCAGGGGUGGCUUCCCAGGAAGCUAAAUUAAUGUUGGUUGAAUGAAUGAAUGAAUGAGUGACUGAAUAGAUGGAUAGAUGGAUGGAUGGAUGGAUGAAUAUGAGUUGUUUCCAGGCCACCCCUUCCUGGAGCCCACCUCUCAUUCCCUGAGUUGAUUACUUCUCCGGCUUCUAGUGGCAAUGCCAGGGAGAAAGGGAGAUGUCCGCCGGAUUCCAGGCCUUUCCUGGGCUGCGGGAACCAAAUGCAGGGGGCUGAACAAUGGGAGACGGGCUGCCUGAGAAAGGGAGUGGUCUGUUUUUCUUUUUUUUGAAAGGGAGUGGUCUGAAGCAGAUUCAAUGCCCCAGCCCUGGGGCGACAUAACCUCUGGGGUCUCUAGCAUCCUGGACUGAUUAAAUCCCUGCCCUGGAGCCAGAACAGGUUCAGGGCCCCAGAACAGCCCUGGGGCUGCACUUUCCAUGGUUGCUGAGGACCAGGACUAAGAAAGAAAAUGUCCUCUUAGCUCAAGGGCCAGGAGAGCGGAAGGGGGCUCCCGGCCACACCCCUAAGCUCACUCCUCUUGGAGAAGAAGCCUCUUUCUCCACCAAGGGGAGGAAGGGAGAUGGCUCAGCCGAUCUGAGACUCUGAGGGGCUGUGCUCGGCCCCUCCCAGCCUCCCUCCUUUCAGCCAUUACAGCCGGGAGAGGCAGCUGGGAGAGAUUAGCAGACAAACCUCCCACCGGCUCCAGGCACUGGGUAAACACAUUAGCAGUCUGCUUUCUGCUUUUAGACCAGACUGAGCUGACCUUUCCCCUGAAUGUGAGGUCCAGGCGGGCCCCCACAGGCACCCAACCCCUUAAUGGGAUCACAGAAGGGAAAGAGCCAGUUCUGUGCUGGGCAAACGGUCGGUGCAAAAUAAAUGCACUUGGCUUUCCCCCUUUCCUCUCUACUUCUCCCCACAGCAGAAAUGUCCAGGAAGGGACUUUCAGCCACACCCAGAAGGAGGAAAAGGCAGGUCCCCAAUCCUUUAUCCACAAUUCUAAACUCCAAAAACUCUGAAAACCAAGACAGUUUUCCUGAGUUUGCCACAAACACACCAGAAUAGAUACAAGACCACAUAUGUCUUGGUGCUGUCCCACUGCAUAGGUUCCGCUGCAGACCCUCAGCGGGUGUGAUUUUGCGACAACGCCCUACACCCUGCCAGAAUAGAGAUCUGUUACUUUAUCUAAACCACACAUUACCCUCCUCUAUUCUGAAAAAUUCUGAAUCCUGAGACACCUCUGGUCCCAAGAGUUCAGAGAGAGGAUUGAGGACCUGUAAGUCCCAUCACUUUUGCCACAGCAAGGUCUCAGCUGGCCCUGAGUGGGUCUGGGGCAUGGCAGAUUCCCCCAUGGUUACCGAACCAAACUUGGGUCCGCUUGCCUGCUCACAGUAAAGCCAAUCUACUGGCACCCGGUUGUGGUGAAGGAAAGGGCAACAUUGAUCGCAGGGCGCCAAACAAGGAGUCCAGGCAGCUAAUGCUCAGAAGGCUGCAACUCCCCGAUGGCUUUUAGGGAAUGGUUUUUAGACAGGGUGAGGGAGAGGGAUGCAGGGUGAGUGAUCAGCUUGUGGACACUCUUCUGAUUGGUGGGUAGUGAGGUAAUCAGAAGUCAACAUCGUCAACCUUCUGUUUCCAACUGGUCUGGAGUCUCCAUGCUUGUGGGCAGCAUACAGCUAAUUUCUUCCACCUGGUAGGGGUUUCGGUAUCUGCAAAACAGCUCAGAGGACUUGGCACAGAGUACUAUCUACAGCCCUUGAGGAGGAACUAAAGGUCCUUGACUUUGCUUAACAAUUAAACUAUUAUUAUUUUGU